GCGCGCUGUUUCCGGAAGUCACCCCCGCGGUCUCCGCUGCUGCUGCCUGAGCUGCUGGCAGUGGAACUUCGCGAGUGGAACGGCAGAGGCGGGCCGGACGGGGCCGGGGGCCUGGCCACUCUGCAAAAUGGAGAUAAUCAGGAGCAAUUUUAAGAGUAAUCUCCACAAAGUGUACCAGGCCAUAGAGGAGGCGGACUUCUUCGCCAUCGAUGGGGAGUUUUCAGGAAUCAGUGAUGGACCCUCGGUCACCGCAUUAACAAAUGGUUUUGACACUCCGGAAGAAAGGUAUCAGAAGCUUAAAAAGCAUUCCAUGGACUUUUUGCUGUUUCAGUUUGGACUUUGCACUUUUAAGUAUGACUACACAGAUUCAAAGUAUAUAACAAAGUCUUUUAACUUCUAUGUUUUCCCGAAACCCUUCAAUAGAUCUUCACCAGAUGUCAAAUUUGUUUGUCAGAGCUCAAGCAUUGACUUUCUAGCAAGCCAAGGAUUUGAUUUUAAUAAAGUUUUUCGCAACGGAAUUCCAUACUUAAACCAGGAAGAAGAAAGACAGUUAAGAGAGCAGUAUGAUGAAAAACGUUCACAGUCCAAUGGUGCAGGCGCUUUGUCAUACGCGUCUCCUAACACUUCAAAAUGUCCCGUGACGAUUCCUGAGGAUCAGAAGAAGUUUAUUGACCAAGUGGUAGAGAAAAUAGAAGAUUUAUUACAAAGUGAAGAAAACAAGAACUUGGAUUUAGAGCCAUGUACUGGGUUCCAAAGAAAACUAAUUUAUCAGACUUUGAGCUGGAAGUAUCCCAAAGGCAUUCAUGUUGAGACUUUAGAAACUGAAAAGAAAGAGCGCUAUAUUGUUAUCAGCAAAGUAGAUGAAGAAGAACGUAAAAGAAGAGAGCAGCAGAAACACGCUAAGGAACAGGAAGAACUGAAUGAUGCUGUGGGGUUUUCUAGAGUCAUUCAUGCCAUUGCUAAUUCGGGGAAACUUGUCAUUGGACACAAUAUGCUCUUGGAUGUCAUGCACACAGUUCAUCAGUUCUACUGCCCUCUGCCCUCGGACUUAAAUGAGUUUAAGGAGAUGACAACAUGUGUCUUCCCCAGACUCUUGGAUACAAAAUUGAUGGCCAGCACACAACCUUUUAAGGAUAUCAUUAACAACACAUCCCUUGCGGAAUUGGAAAAGCGGUUAAAAGAGACACCUUUCAACCCUCCUAAAGUUGAAAGUGCAGAAGGUUUUCCAAGUUAUGACACAGCUUCUGAACAGCUCCACGAGGCAGGCUAUGAUGCUUAUAUCACAGGACUGUGUUUCAUCUCCAUGGCAAACUACCUAGGUUCUUUUCUUAGUCCUCCGAAGAUUCAUGUGUCUGCCAGAUCAAAACUCAUCGAACCUUUUUUUAACAAGCUGUUUCUCAUGAGAGUCAUGGAUAUCCCCUAUCUAAACUUGGAAGGACCAGACUUGCAGCCUAAACGUGAUCAUGUCCUCCAUGUGACAUUCCCCAAAGAAUGGAAAACCAGUGACCUUUACCAGCUUUUCAGUGCCUUUGGUAACAUUCAGAUAUCCUGGAUCAAUGACACAUCAGCAUUUGUUUCUCUCAGCCAACCUGAACAAGUACCAAUUGCUGUCAAUACCAGCAAAUAUGCAGAGAGCUAUCGCAUCCAGACCUAUGCUGAAUAUGUGGGGACAAAGCAUGAGGAGAAGCAGAUCAAGAGAAAGUGGACAGAAGAUAGUUGGAAGGAGGUUGAGAGAAAGCGGUUAAAAACGCAGUGCAUCUCCUAUGCUUUGCAGAAUCACUGUUACCACGCCAAUAGUCUCACAGCCACCAGCACAGUAGGAAAGAGAAAUCUGAGUCCCAGUCAAGCAGAAGGUGGCCUGGAGGCCAGAGUAUCGGGGGAGAUUUCUGACACUGAGCUUGAGCAGACAGAUCCCUGUGCAGAAUCCCUCUCAGAGGGAAGGAAAAAGGCCAAGAAAUUAAAAAGGAUGAAGAAGGACCUUUCUCCGACAGCUCUUCACAGAGUCGCUCCUGUGCGUUUGAUGGCGUACCACCAGACUCACAUAUACUCCCAUCCAGCUAACCGCAGGAGCAGUCCCAAGAGAUGCAUGUGCAGCACAGCCACGAGACUUGGGGCAGAACACUUCAAAUGACCCCUUGCCUGCUCUUCUUAUCCUGCCUGUCUGGACUUUAUCUCAAUAAAUGAGCAGAAGUGGGAAUUCUCACUCUAGUGGAAUUCCCUGUGUUAUUUCAUGUGUUUGGACCUAGUUACCUUUAGUCAUUCCUGUCACUGGCAGUAGCCACUGCCAGCUGAGCGAGUUCCCCUCUGUUUUUAGAAGUUACUCUCCACUUCAGGCAUCAUCACAGACCUCUCCCCUUUUGAACUCUUGGAGUGUUAGCAGCUGGGGCUGGCUUUGCCCGUUUCCCUGCCAGCCCUGCUCUAGGGCUUAAAUAAUGCAUGAUACCACGGGCACGGGAAUGCCCGGUCGUGCAUUUUCCAUCGUGAACACGCUGUUUCCUGAUUUAAUUCCCAUUCACUCGGAUCUGGACGUUUGUGGUCCAGGCCCUGACCCAGUGCUGCUGCUGUUGCAGAAAGUAGCUGAAUGGAGAAGGGCUUCUAACUUUGGGGUGAAACUGUUUGUAACGGAAGAGACCCUUCAGUCUGAGAAGACUAUAGCCAGUGUUGCUGAAAUUGGAAAAAGCUACAAGCUGCUUUUGCCCCUUUUGGGAUCUCUGAACUCCCCCUGGUCAGCUUCCUGCCACUGUCUAGCCGCCAGCCCCUGAGAUUUCUCAUCUGGGCGCCGGUUACCACGGCACAGAGGAACCCAGCCACCUUGGUGCUGCGGAAGGAUCCAGACCCCAUCUCAGCCACUCGCUAGAUGUCUUGUGUCUGUAAAAUGGGGAUAUUGGUACCCCUGAACUGGACUUUUAUGAAGAUUAAAGGAACUAAGUGCCCAGCAUGCUGGCUAGCAAAGAAUACAGAGUGUGUUCUCACUGAGAGAUACUGUCACUCCUGUAAAAUCAAGAGAGGCACCCAAGCAGGGAGGCACUUACUCGGCCCUGCCGUGAUGUUUCUGCAGUGUGGCCUCUGUUUGCUGGGCACUGCUCUCUGUAGGCAAGGCCCACCCGUGGACUCUCUCCACGUGUGGCCGUGCCACCGCCCGGCCCUGGCCCCGGUCGAAGCUGUCUUUGCAGGUGGACUUUUUGUUCUCCCCCCGGGGUGGUCCUCUCCUUGUUCACCUUGUUUUGUCCUCUCC